GUUCGGGAUGACAGAUAUACGCUCGAGAAUAACAUUUUGCUACGGGAAGCAAUCCGUACGGCCGUGCUCCCAACGCAACUGCGGCACCAACAAAAUUUCCCGCCAAAACUAUGUCGCCAGCCACAAAAAUUAUUGUCAUAAUAUUUUUAAUCGAUAUAAAGUGUAAAAACGUUGACACAUUACCGGAAGUGAAAGCGGAACUUUGGUCAUUCAAAAAUAAUUUGAAAAAAAGUGUCGUAAACCAUUUCAUAUGUUUUAACUCGUUCAAAUGUAACAGUGAAAUAUUGUGGCGAUGUUUCAAUUUGAAAAUGUGGAAGAAACGCAAAAGAGUGUGUGAUAUUGUAGCAAAGUGUUUACCAAAGUCUAUCAAUCUAAGACGCAAGAGAGACGCACUGGACGCCGGAUACGUCAUUCGAGCUAAAAGUUCCGGUGAAGAAGAAUUUGUUAUUAAGCAGACAGAGUCUCUAUUAAUUCGAAAGUUCAAGCAGCAAUGGCCGUUGCACCUGUGGCGUCAGUAUGGAUUGUUUACAGAAGACUACAUCCAGGACAUAAACCCCCACUGGUUGCGCUUCCAACCCGCAGACCCUUCGGUGUAUUACGCGCUGGGAGGUCUAUAUAUUGUGUUGGCUGUGGUCGGAUGCUUCGGGAACUUUGCCGUCGUCUUUAUGUACUUUAGAUGCCGAACGCUUCGAACACCUGGAAACAUCCUGGUGGCCAAUCUAGCGCUCAGCGACUUCUUGAUGUUGGCCAAAACACCUAUCUUUAUUUUUAAUUCGUUUAACCUUGGCCCAGCUUUAGGCAAAUAUGCUUGCGUGCUGUAUGGAUUCAUCGGUGGGCUCAGCGGCACAACGUCGAUAGCCACCCUCAGCGCUAUCGCUUUAGAUCGCUACUGGGCUAUCGUGCACCCUCUCGAGCCUCUGAGGGCCCUCACAGCUAUUCGGGCACGACUGUUCGCCGUAGGCGCCUGGCUCUACGCCGGAGUCUUCGCUAUGAUUCCGGCUCUAGACAUCGGCUACGGCCACUACGUGCCUGAAGGCUUCCUAACGAGCUGCAGUUUCGAUUACCUCACAAACGAAAUUCCGCCUCGCUAUUUCAUAUUUAUAUUUUUUUGCGCCGCCUGGCUCACUCCUCUUUGCAUAAUAUCGUUUUGCUACACGAGAAUUCUGUGUAUCGUUGCCGGCAAACGGAAUAUCACAACCAAAAACGAAGAGCAAAGGCUUUCAUCGAGACACGUGAAAGAGCAAACGAAACGCAAAGCUGAAGUAAAAUUGGCAUUCCUUGUUAUAAUUGUUAUCGCGUUAUUUUUCGUUUCUUGGACACCUUAUGCAGUGGUCGCGUUGCUUGGCAUAUUUGGAAAAAAGGACUUAAUAACGCCUGUGACUUCAAUGAUUCCAGCUCUCUUUUGCAAAACUGCCGCCUGUAUUAAUCCUUUCAUUUACAUAAUCAGUCAUCCUAAGUUCAAAAAAGAACUCCAGAAGCUUCUGUUCAAAGACAAGUCACGCCGGAUGACUGGAACGUUUAGAACUACCGCAGGUACAGAAGCAAUGGAAGCGUUGAAGACUCACAGACAAAGUAAAGACUGCAGCGAAACUGACGUAGAAGUUAUAGAAAUGAAAGACAUUCCAUAUAGCAACCAGAGUUUAAGAGCGUAUAACAUAGAAACCAUAUCGUCAAAAAUUUCAGAAAGACAAGGGUCGCAAAGGUCCCGCGGAAGCGUAAGCAUGAAAAGUUUAGAAGAAAAUGUUGUUCCACCGCCAUCUUGGUACACGAAGCCAGAGUUUUCGAAAAAAAGAAGUUUUCACAGACGGCUGACUAAAACCUCGUUUUGAAUUCUGCUUUUUAUAGGUAGCACUAGUUACACCGAAGACAAAUACGAGUACUUAGUCGACAAAAAUUUAAAACAAACUUCUAGUGUGAUUAGAUUUAUAUCUAGAUAGGUCGCGCCAAACUUCGAGUCCGGUCUGAUAUUGCAACACGCCGAACAGCCGAACAGCGCAGCUUUUUUUUAACCCGACUUACUUAAAGCAGACGCGAAGUUUAGCGCGAAGUUUUACGAGUACAAGUAGCACCAUAGCGUCCCAUAGCAGUAGGAAAAUAAUGGUAGUAAAUAUCACAAAACAUCAAGAAUACUUAAUUAAGUCCGUAUUUUUGUUAAUUAACAAUAUUUAAAAUUAAAUCUUAAAUAUUCCCCUUAAAAUGAUUUUACGGUGUAGGUAAAAUUUAAAUGACAAAAUAUAUUUUUUUUGUGUACCUACAUAUCCUUAUGUACCUAUCUGAUAAACUUAGUUUCAGUCGAAAUUUAUAUGUAGGUACCUAUAUUUCUUGUAAGGAAAAGA